AUGGCACAGCUGAUCGACUCCCCGCACGCGGAGAUGAAGCGAAUACUCGACGUCCAGAAGAAGGCGUUCAUCGCCAACGGCGCGCCGUCGACGCAGGAGCGCAUCCGGCGCAUCGACGUCGCCAUCAAGCUGCUCCUCGACAACGCGGACGCGCUCUGCGCCGCCGUCGACGAGGACUUUGGCGGGCGGCCCGUCAAGUUCACGAAGUUCGUCGACGUCGCGACGGUCGUCGACGGGCUGAAGAACGCGCGCGCGCACGUCGCCAAGUGGUCGGCGCCGCACCGCCGCGGCGUCGAGUUCCCGAUGAACCUCGCGGGCGCGUCGAACGCCGUCGAGUACGUGCCCAAGGGCGUCGUCGGCGUCAUCUCGCCCUGGAACUACCCCGUGUCGCUCCUCUUCAACCCGCUCGCGGGCAUCUUCGCCGCGGGCAACUCGGCGAUGCUCAAGCCGUCCGAGUUCGUGCCCAAGACCGCGGAGCUCGUGCGGAAGCUCGUCGCCGAGGCCUACGACGAGAGCGUCUGUUGCGUGGUCACGGGCCACGCGGACGUCGCCGCGACGUUUAGCAGCCUGCCCUUCGACCACCUCAUGUACACGGGGUCGACGCGCGUCGGCAAGAUCGUCGCCCGGGCCGCGGCGGAGAACCUCGUGCCCUGCACGCUGGAGCUGGGCGGCAAGUGCCCCGUCAUCGUCGGCGCGUCCACGGACCUGAACGUGACGGCCAUGCGCGCGCGCGCCGCGUCCUUCGGCGCCGUCAUGAACGCGGGGCAGACGUGCAUCGCGCCGGACGUCGUCUUCGUGCCC